GGCGUCGUCAAUCCGCAUCGCCAGUGUUUUGGACGAUGCCGCCGUGAACGGCCGCGGCUGCUCCCGCUUUCUGCUCAAAUUAUAAUUACUUCAAAUUGUCAUUUCUUUUUCAUUUUCAACACUACUUUCUCUUUUUUCUUCUCUCUCUCUCUCUCUCUCCUCCUAUCUCUCCGGUCUCGUAAUUUUUUGUGUAAGAAAUUAGUGUUUCGACCACCAAAUCGGAGCCAUCCACCUUUUACAUUCAACAAAUAAAUAAAACCCGGAAGUGUCAAUGUAAACAUUGUACAAUCGUCAUCAGUAGCUGAAAUAAAAGGGUUUUCGUUCACGUGUGCAGAGGAGUGUCGGUGGAUGCUGGCCAGUCAAUGAGCCAGUGAUCUCAACACGUCGAGUGCAUGCCCAUCGAAGUUCGUUAUGAGUAUAGAAGGAAGCACGUUCACCGGGAAAAGAUGACACCACGACGUCACGUCCUCGCAGGAUUACGUAGGACGAUCAUCGCAGCGGGUGUUCUUGUUCUCAUCAUACUCGCGCUUUCCAGCCAGGACAAUGGGAACAGCGUUCAGCAAACGGGACCUUCGGAGGAAGAGCCAGGACUGACACCGGAGGAAAAAUUAAUGGAACAGACUACGGCGGCCGAGACGGAAAUCCGACUCGCAAUGAGGCGCAAGUAUCUUAUGGAAAAGUGUUCUCAGGAGGGUCUUGAUCGUCCUGGCAACGAUUCGCUUCAUCGACCAAACGCCUGGGAGUUUCUCGUCAAUAGGGAAUAUCAUUUGAUAUGGUGCAACGUAUUCAAAGCCGCUUCUACUUCCUGGAUGUAUAAUUUCAAUUUGCUCGCUGGGUAUAGCCCGCAGUUUUUAAAAGCUUCGAAAGCGGUACCGGUGUCGUUGGCAAGACAGAGGUAUCCAAGACCAACGGCGGACGAGCUUGCGAGGUAUUUGAACGACAGCGUAAGCUUUCUCAUUGUAAGACAUCCCUUCGAGCGUUUGCUCAGCGCUUAUCGGGACAAACUCGAGCAGAGUUUGCCCCACACUUUUCACAGCAAACUCGGCACUCACAUCGUCUCCCAAUACAGGCGCAAGGAUCCAAAAAAAGGGAUACGACAGGGUCCGAGGUACCCUCACUUCGAGGAAUUCGUCAGAUGGCUUCUGUGCGAGUGGCGAGCCGGGUACGAGCUCGACAUGCAUUGGACACCGGUCGUGAAUUUUUGUACACCGUGUCAAGUCCGAUUUGACGUUAUUGCCAAAUUCGAGACCCUUCACGAUGAUCAGAAUUAUCUGAUAAAACAGGCUCACGUGGGACAUAUUAUUAAGCCGGAAUGGAAGAAUCCGACUCGUGGAGUACAGACGAAGGACGUGAUUAAAAAUUAUUUCGCUCAACUUACAAAAAGUCAGAUUGCCGAUCUCUACGAAAUGUUCAGAUACGACUUUGUCCUAUUUGGAUAUUCGCCGGACGACUAUUUGGCGAUCGGGAGCGAUGACGUAACGCCGUUAGUUUGUAGAAAAUAAUUUCGAUUAUUGCGAAGGCUCAGCAGCAACGCAAUCACAAAUUGGCAAUCAUUAUAAACUUCUCACUUUUCAAGGAGAAAAAUUAAGAGAAAUUCAGAAACAACGAAUGCGAAAAGUGUCUUCAUAUGCGGAAACACAUUUUUUUUACACAACUUACGAGAUAAUAAAAAUCGUUUGGGAAUCACCCAAAUGCAAAUUCCUACUUCACUUUAACGUUGCGAGGUAUGAAAAAAAGAAAAGUUAAAUAAUAAGAUUUAACGGGCGACGAUGUUUGGGCGCGUGGCCUACUUAUUUGAAGAACGUAACUCGUGGUUAAAUUUUCAUUCUGUGAUCAAAGUCGAUUGAACUUGGAGAAUUAAGGAGAGAAAAACUUCCCUCCGACACCACCGAAUGGAUGACUUUGAAGCAAGAUUCUCAAAUUUGUGUGCUUCCAUCACGAAACAUUAAAAUAAUCAUGACAAGAAAAACUUUCAAUAGAACAACCGAGAGAUUCUCGAACAAAUAUUCCGAGGGAUACGAACGCGAAGUAGAGCGAAUCUGUAGAAGAAAAGGUAUUCGUCAUCUCCGAGAGAUUUUAUACUCUAACACGUUCGUACAUAAAAGAUAAAGACAAAAUGUUCCAAGGUGGAUAGCGAUAAUGAAAAAAAUAGGAAGUUCGACUUGAAAUAUUUCAAUUCCCAACGACAAUGGUAUUGACAUGCGCAAUUGUUUUGAGUCCAUAUAAAACUUUUUUUUAUCUCAUCGCUUCAGAAUCUCGUUGAAUCGUUAUGAUCGGUGAUAAGUGAAAAAAAUGAAAAUGAAACUAGAUUAAAUAACGAACGAUUGAAAUUCCAUGCAAUUAUUCUUCUUGAACAUGUUUUUUUUACAGGUUUUUGAGAUUCUAUGAUUUCAUCGUUGUUUCUGUAUUCCUUGAUGAAUGCAAACGAUAAAGGCAUUAAAAAUAAAAUCACGAGCAAUUAUUCCUAUUGUGAAAAAUUUACCGGGGAUAAAAGAAUUGCUACACAUUUGUAACUUGACUUUACAAAAUAGACAAAUUUUUGGCUGGUUUAGGUACAUUCUAUAUGCACCUACCUACUCACAAGCCCAAACAUUUUUCCCCCUGUAGGCUCAGAUUUUUGAAAUAACAGAGUUUUGAGACAUAUAAAAAAUAGAAAAAAAAGCAAUUUUGAGCUUGAUCCAAGGCCUCUACAAUGGUGUCCUAAUACACGAGCUAUCAAUUCUGAUAAAACAACAAAAAACGAUUCAAACAUCUAAUACAGCGUGUAUUCGGUUGUAAAUAUGUAAAUGUACAAGAUAAUCGUUUGAAAUAUAAAUAUAUGUUUUACAUUAGAAAAAUA